AUGAGUAAAAUUAGGAGCCUCCCCCCUGAGGUCAGGGAACCAGGCCCUGGAGUGGAACUCGGGGUGGAAGAUGGCCUCCUUUGUCAACUGAUUCAUUCUCCAGAAUUCAACUUGUUCUCUGGCUCGGUGGUGUUUGAAAGCAACUUUAUCAAGGUCACUAAGCCCGGGAACUGGAUGGAUGUCUGUGAAGGGUCUACCACUGUGAUCCUCGGGGUGACCUCCUCGGUGCCCUCCUUGCCACUCCCCAACGUCCUCCUGAUGGCCGAUGUCACCUGGCCCCAGGGUCAGUUUUCCACCUGGAGCACACCUGGUAGUGCCCCAGUCAUCACCCUCAGCAGGAUUCUCCCACUGAGGUACGUGGAGCUACGAAUCUGCGACCAGCUCCAACGCAUCCUGAGGGUUAGGACAGUGACUGAAAAGAUCUACUACCUGAGGCUCCACGAAAAACACCCAGAGGCUGUGUUUCAAUUCUGGAUCCGCUUGGUGAAAAUUCUGCAGAGAGGUCUGUCUAUCACCACAAAAGACCCGAGAAUCCAGUUCUGUCACUGCCUGGUGCCCAAGUUGCCCUGCAGCUCCACCGAAACAUCUGGAAACAGCCUCCUGUCAUCCUGCCAGUCCAGUGAAAGCUCCAUGAAACUCUUGGCAGCCGAGCAGACCAGUGACUGUUUCUCGAAUCUCUCAGGAAGGUCCCAGCUCACAGCAGACAGAAGUACAAACUCCACCACUGAAAUAGACAAUUUCAACUGCUACGACAAGACACCCUCUCCAGUGGCAUCACCUGUCAAUUCACAUAUACCCAUGAGAGCCACCUUGAGCCACAGUCUCUGGGAACAAGAGAAUCCAAAGGAGCACUUCCUGUAGGCUCCUGUAGCCAGUUCCCUAGGAGAGAACUUCGUGGGACCCUAA